AUGCUGGAUGGCCAAUCCCAGGUGGUCCUAGAGGGUUCCCGCCCGGGGGACCUCCUGCAUUCCCUUGGAUCGGCAAUCGAGUCCAAUCGACAGCCAUUCUGCACCGAUAGCGAGGGCUGGGGCCCUUUCAGCUCAUCGAGGUUCGAUCUGACGCCAUGCUUCCUUGACGUGAUCGUGGCGGUAGUGGCUGUUUGGGGUACACUGAGUGGACUGGGUGCCUUGUGGCUGCUGUUGAAGAAGCGGAUUCCUCAACCGGUAUCGAAGAACUGGCACUUCUACACCAAGCUGGUCGUACUCGCCGCUAUCAUCGCCGUCACAGCCCUCCAAGCUGCUAUUCAAGUCGAAUCGGAGCCGAAAGCCUUCCACGCCGACUUCCGCUUCUGGUCCUCAAUUCUGACAAUCAUCUCACUCGGUGUGAUAACCUCUGUGCAAUACUUUGAGCAUUGGCGGAGUAGACAGCCCAACGGGGUUGUACUAUUCUACUGGCUUUUCUUCAUCAUCGCAUAUGCGGUCAAAUUGCGCUCUUUGGUCGCGCGUCAGGAAUAUGUCGGCGAACUUCCUUAUUUCGUCUGCGUCAAUGUGGCCCUCGGACUCGCAAUGUUCGAGUUUGUGCUAGAGUACUUCGUCCCCAAGAAGCAAAGCGCAUAUGAUGCUCUUGGUGAUGAGGAUGAAUGUCCAUACAACUAUGCAGACAUAUUUUCCGUUCUCACAUUUGGUUGGAUGACCCCAAUGAUGAAAUUUGGAUACACCAAUUAUCUCACUCAGGAUGAUCUUUGGAAUCUUCGCCGCCGCGACACUACUCGAGUCACGGGAGAUGAUUUGAAGGCCUCGUGGGAAGAACAGCUCAAGACAAAAAAGCCUUCCCUCUGGAUCGCACUCUUCAAGGCCUUUGGUGGUCCCUAUGUCCGCGGUGCAAUCAUCAAAUCUGGGAGUGAUAUGCUUGCUUUUGUGCAGCCACAGCUUCUUCGGCUUCUUAUCUCCUUCAUUGAUUCGUAUCGACGACCCGAUCCCCAGCCUGUCAUUAGAGGUGUUGCGAUUGCGUUGUCUAUGUUUGUCGUUUCCGUCUGUCAGACCAGCUUCCUUCACCAGUACUUCCAGCGUGCUUUCGAUACCGGCAUGAGAGUUAAAUCUGCCCUGACCGCUAUGAUCUACGUUAAGGCAUUGAAGUUGUCCAAUGAAGGACGGUCGACCAAGACAACCGGCGAUAUCGUUAACCACAUGGCUGUCGAUCAACAGCGCUUGUCAGAUUUGACCCAGUUCGGCACUCAGCUCAUUUCUGCCCCAUUCCAAAUCACCCUGUGCAUGGUCUCUCUCUACCAGCUUGUAGGACCUAGCAUGUUUGCUGGUGUUGGUGUGAUGAUCCUCAUGAUCCCUCUCAAUGGUGUCAUCGCUCGGGCCAUGAAGAAGCUGCAAAUUGUUCAAAUGAAGAACAAGGACUCGAGAACCCGACUCAUGACCGAGAUUCUCAACAACAUCAAGAGCAUCAAGCUCUACGCUUGGAACACGGCUUUCAUGAACAAACUCAGCCAUAUCCGAAAUGAUCUUGAGCUGAACACGCUUCGCAAAAUUGGAGCUACUCAGUCCAUCGCCAACUUCACUUGGCAGUCCACUCCGUUCCUCGUGUCCUGCUCUACAUUCACCGUCUUUGUGUUGACUAGCGACAAGCCUCUGACUACCGAGAUUGUGUUCCCGGCUUUGACGCUAUUCAACUUGCUGACUUUCCCACUUUCCAUCUUACCCAUGGUCAUCACAUCCAUAAUUGAAUCGUCCGUCGCCGUGAAGCGGUUGAUGGACUAUUUCACCGCAGAGGAAUUGCAGACCAACGCAGUUGACUUCCAAGACCCCGUUGUGCACCCAGGUGACGAGUCUGUUCGCGUUCGUGACGCUUCCUUUACUUGGAACAGACACGAGGGAGUCAAUGUGCUUGAGAACAUCGAUCUCAGUGCACGCAAGGGUGAGCUCAGCUGUAUUGUUGGAAGGGUUGGUUCCGGAAAGUCUUCCCUUCUGCAGUCAUUGCUGGGCGACCUGUGGAAGACCCAGGGUGAGGUCGUCGUACGCGGUCGUAUCGCAUAUGUGGCACAAGCACCGUGGGUUAUGAAUGCCAGCGUCCGGGAGAACAUUGUGUUCGGACAUCGUUGGGACCCAGCGUUCUAUGAUCUUGCCGUUGAAGCGUGCGCUCUGCUUGAUGAUUUCAAGAAUUUGCCUGAUGGUGAUCAAACAGAAGUUGGAGAACGUGGAAUCUCGCUCUCCGGUGGACAAAAGGCUCGACUGACUCUCGCCAGAGCUGUCUAUGCCCGUGCCGAUAUCUAUCUUCUCGACGAUAUUCUAUCGGCAGUUGAUCAACAUGUUGGACGUCAUAUCAUCAACAAGGUUCUCGGAAAGACUGGUCUGCUUAGUGGCAAGACCAGAAUUCUCGCAACAAACGCAAUCACUGUACUGAAGGAGGCCGAUUUCAUUGGUCUGCUGCGGGACAAGACUAUCAUUGAGGAAGGAACCUAUGAACAGCUCAUGGCCAUGAAGGGCGAGAUUGCCAAUCUAGUCCGUACUACCAUGGCUGACUCGGAUGACGAAGGCACCGCUAGUGGCUCGGAAGAUCUUGUGAGCCUUGAAAGCUCUGUCACAACCACCAUCGUCCAAAAUGGAGGCUCGUCGGACAGCGAAGAGGCGGAGCAGCCUGGAGAUUUGAUCCCUAUCCGCAGCGGCGCACACACAGAGGCUCGUAGACGGACCUCCACUGUUACAUUGCGUCGCGCAAGCACUGUCAGUUGGCAGGGUCCCCGACGCAAGCUGGGAGAUGAGGAGAACGUUCUUAAAACCAAGCAGACUCAAGAAACAGCACAGCAAGGCAAGGUCAAAUGGGGUGUUUACGGCCAAUAUGCAAAGGACAGCAACAUCACGGCUGUUGGAUUCUAUCUCUUUGCCAUGCUGGCUGCCCAAACUGCCCAGGUUGUGGGCAACUUCUGGCUGAAGAGCUGGACCGAAGCAAAUGAAGCAAGCGGAGGCAAUGCCAACGUUGGCAAGUUCAUUGGUGUCUACUUGGCCCUUGGUCUGGGCUCAUCGCUUUUGGUCAUUUUCCAAAAUCUGAUUCUCUGGAUUUUCUGCUCCAUCGAGGCAUCCCGCAAACUUCAUGAGAGAAUGGCAUUCGCCAUCUUCCGUUCUCCCAUGAGCUUCUUUGAAACCACUCCCUCUGGACGAAUCCUUAACCGUUUCUCCAGUGACAUCUACAGAGUCGACGAGGUACUUGCUCGCACUUUCAACAUGCUUUUUGCAAACUCUGCUCGCGCGAUCUUCACCAUGGUCGUCAUCGCCACUUCUACCCCGGCAUUCCUGCUCUUCGUCAUUCCGCUGAGUUAUAUCUACCUCAGCUACCAGAAGUACUACCUUCGAACCUCCCGCGAGUUGAAGCGCCUGGACAGUGUCACCCGCAGCCCAAUCUUCGCCCAUUUCCAGGAGUCCUUGGGUGGCAUCUCAACCAUUCGUGCCUACCGACAGGAGAAUCGCUUUACACUUGAGAACGAAUGGCGCAUGGAUGCCAACCUGCGCGCAUACUUCCCAUCCAUUAGCGCUAACCGCUGGCUCGCUGUCCGCCUCGAGUUCAUUGGUUCAAUCAUUAUUCUUGCCUCCGCAGGUCUUGCCAUCAUGUCUGUUGCUACUGGCAGUCGCCUUUCGUCAGGCAUGGUUGGUCUGGCCAUGUCAUACGCUCUUCAGAUCACUCAGUCCCUCAACUGGAUUGUCCGCCAGACGGUCGAGGUCGAGACUAACAUCGUGUCAGUCGAGCGAGUUCUCGAGUAUGCCAAUCUGCCAAGCGAAGCCCCUGAUGUGAUCUUCAAGCGUCGUCCUGCUAUUGGAUGGCCAGCUCAGGGUGCUGUCUCUUUCAAUGACUACAGUACCCGCUAUCGCCCUGGUCUUGACCUUGUGCUCAAGGAUGUCAACCUGGACAUCAAACCCAAGGAGAAGAUCGGUGUUGUUGGUCGAACGGGUGCUGGAAAGAGUUCGCUCACUCUGGCUCUCUUCCGCAUCAUUGAGGGUGUCAAUGGAAACAUUGGAAUUGAUGGCCUCGACAUCUCCACAAUCGGGUUGACUGACCUUCGUGGUCGCCUUGCUAUCAUCCCUCAGGACCCUGCCAUGUUCGAAGGCACUCUCCGCGACAACUUAGACCCUCGUCAUGUCCACGAUGAUACUGAACUGUGGAGCGUAUUGGAUCACGCAAGAUUGAAGGACCAUGUAUCUCAGAUGGAAGGGCAGCUUGACGCUCAGAUCCAAGAAGGAGGUUCCAACUUGAGUCAAGGACAGCGUCAGCUGGUGAAUCUCGCCCGCGCCCUUUUGACUCCUAGCAAUAUCCUUGUUCUAGACGAGGCAACUGCUGCCGUUGAUGUAGAGACUGACGCACUCCUGCAGCGCACCUUGCGCAGCAGCGUCUUCUCCGAUCGAACAAUCAUCACAAUUGCGCACCGCAUUAACACGAUCAUUGACUCAGAUCGCAUUGUUGUUCUAGACAAGGGGCGAGUGGCUGAGUUUGACACACCCGCAGAGCUGAUCAAACGCGGCGGCAAAUUCUACCAGCUAGCCAAGGAGGCCGGUCUGCUUGACAGCGACGGUUCCAUCUCGCAGGCGUUGUAA